GAGAACUGUCAAACGUGUAUGGAAAAUCAAAACAGCAGGCAUCGCAUGCACGCCGUCCGGAAAAAUCUCUGAUAAAUUAUGGCCUCACGGAUUAUCCAAUCGUUAUCCGGUGAAAACCUGCUCCGGAAAUCGUCCACAAUCCAGUGCUUCGUGCGACAUGGCCAUCGGUUGCGGGGAAAACCACCGGGAGUAGCCCGAACUCUGGACCAACGCCUCGCCGAGGAGCGCGCUGUAGAUCCGGAACUGGCCCAGAAGAUUAACAUCGGCUUCCCACAUCUGAAACCGGCACGAUCCGCGCAGUUGAAAGAACGACUGGCACACCUGAAGGCGCAACGGUCCAAUCCGGAGCUGGAGAAAGCCUCCCGUGCCAAGACUCUGACGGUUGAUCCGGAGCUGGUGAAACGGGACUGGCUCAAAACAAGCGGUCCAUUCCACAUCAAACGACUCGCCGAGCACUACGGCGUAUUUGAGCACCUCUACGGAUCGGCUUACUUCGUACCGAGGGUACCUUUGCAAAUUACCUUCAACAAUGGAGACGUGGCCAGUCCAGUGUACUACGGGAACGUGCUAAAACCGAGCGAGGCUUCAGUCGAGCCAACGGUUCAGUUCGAUGCCAGUUUUAACUACAAGGGUGAAGCGAAGGUCGAGGACACGUGGUGGACGUUGGUGUUGACCAAUCCGGAUGGGCAUUUCAGCGAAGAAGACAAAGAGUACUGCCAUUGGUUUGUAGCAAACAUUCCCAACGGCCAGGUGGAGAGAGGAGAGAAGAUCAUUCCCUACCUGCAACCGAUUCCACCCAAAGGAACCGGAUUCCAUAGGCACGUGUUCGUGCUGUACAAGCAAGAGAAGAAACUCGACCUUAGCGAGUACAAAAUCGACGGGGAUAAAACUACCGAUUUGGCGGCGAGGACGUUCAAAACGUUGGAUUUCUACCGGAAGUACCAGGAUGAGAUGACGCCCGCAGGGUUGGCAUUCUUCCAGUCGGAUUGGGACAAGAGCUUGAUCAACUUCUAUCGCGAUGUGCUGAAAAUGAAGCACCCCGUCUACGAGUACGACUUCCCGGCACCCUACAUCCGCGACCAAGAGUGGUUCCCGCUGCGAAAGCCCUUCAAUCUCUACAUGGACAAGUACCGCGACCCGCUGCAAAUCAACAAAGAAUACCUCUCGCGAAAACUAGCCAAGACGCAUCCCUUCGACGGUCCAGAGGCGCCUCUGCGCUUCCCCAACGCCCAUCCGGUGCGGGACGUACCUUCCUGGCUGCGAUCGGAAAUCAAGAAAGAUCGACGCGGCUGGGGCAGGAUCAACGAUAUAUGAACUAGUCGGUAAGUUGUUUCUCGAUGUUUGUCGGUAGGAAAGAAAUAAGAAAAAAUACUGUAAAAUUUCACA